CAAUAUAAAGGAUUUGUAAAGAGACCAUCCAUGUCUUGCCGGUGUUACUCGUAGAAGAAGAACCCCCCGCAAGGACCAUGGGAACAGUCGUAGGUUUUGGAUAUACAGAAGAGUCUGGGCCGUCGGAACCGCUGAGGCAGCUUGAAUUGCCCGUCAUUGACUCGCGGCACUGCACAUUUAGGCACGCAAAUUACAAGCUGGACUUGGGGCAAUUCUGUGCAGGCCACAGUGACAAUAAAACAGCUUGCAACGGUGAUAGCGGUGGUGGUCUGGUAUUCCGAAAAGGCCGAACAUUUUACCUUGGAGGUAUCGUUUCGUACUCAGAAAAGCAGAUUGAAUCGAACGCGUGCAGGUUUGAUGGUUACUCUGUUUUCACCAGUGUGCACAAUUAUCUGCCAUGGAUCAGAAGAAUAACAAAGUUGAAUCUAUCAUCAACUGAACCCAAUAACGUUCCAUGCGGGGUUUCAAAAAUUCAGCGAUUUCGUCGAGUUGUUAGAGGACAGGAAACAGUACCAGGACAAUGGCCUUGGCAUGUGAACAUUUACCACGAUGUAGAAAACAACUACACAUAUCAAUGUGGAGGUGUAUUGAUAAACGAUAGAUUUAUCCUAACAUUGGAAAUGUGCGUCAAAGACCAUCGAAGAGGAAAAAUGUUGGAUAUAUUCGUAAAGCUAGGGAUAACCAGAUUAGAUGAAGCAAACCGAGAAUAUUAUAAAGUCAAAAUCUUUCAUUCACCUGAAGGUGAUGAGUAUGCUAGUGAUAACAAUAAGAUAGCUUUGUUGCAAUUACCAGAAGAUGUUGCUAUCUUUUAUACAGACAUCGUUAGACCGGUGUGUCUUCCCGUUUCUGACAUUGAAUAUGGUGAAUACGGAACAGCAAUUGGCUUUGGAUACACGGAAAAACGUGAGAUUUCGAACAUUCUAAGAAUGGCUAGUAUGCCCACAAUGAACGCAACUUAUUGUUUUCGAAAACUAGAGAUACACGACGUAUUGAAACAAGAUAAUUUUUGUGCAGGCUAUACAAACGGUACAAACGUUUGCAAUGGCGAUUCUGGUGGAGGGUUUUACGUUAAAGAUGGAAAUGAUACUUGGUACAUUAGUGGGCUGACAAGCUUCACAGCGGUAGACGAAAAUACACACACAUGUGCUGAGUAUAAGCCAGCUGUAUUUAAAAACGUUUUCAUGUACUUGCCUUGGAUAAAAUCUGUAAUGUUGUUAAAUAGCUAAUGCUUAAACUACCCCAGUUUGCAUCAAUGAGUUAUUCUAUAAAUAAAUAUCGCAAUUCGCAAUUUUCAGUGUAAGAACGGGCCUUGACCGAUCUUAUGCACUAGGUUCCCGACGAACACGCACUGCCCUUACACCUACAUCUCACCCUUGCUCUGAGUCAGUACGAGCAACAUGCUAGAACACGCUUUGAGUGUUCGUGCCAGGCAUGCACACCUUCUUUUCCGGUUACGCAUUUUAACUCGGCCGGGGGUGGUACAUUGCGUAGGGUUUGAUGCUUACAUGCUUACAAGCGUCUAACCAUUUAAAGUGUGCCUAUCAACUUUCAUUAAAGCAUGUGUGGAGUGAUACACCCUAUUGCGGUGUAAGUGAGCGCACUCCAUUGGAUCGAGUCGAAUAGGCUCCUCGUACGAUACGCAACCAUGCACUGACAAAGCAUGGACGCAGCCACAUGAAUGGUUCGGUGACAGCUGGCAAUGCAAACCCAGCUCGCGUCCUCUUUCCUCGUGUGACGUUCGGCCGGAUCGGUUGUGAGUCCGCACCGAUUCCCCCGGCGGGCGAUUUCCCGAGUGGAAUUAUCGAUUCACACAUUGGCGACCGUGACGGAGUUGAAAUUUUAUUUUCAACCUCAAAGAACCGUCGGGAAAUCGCCUGCCGACGUGGUUUUGGUGCAGAUUUGUUUGUUUGUUUUGGUGCUGUUGGUUGAAAUUUUUUUUUUGUUUUUUUUUUUGAGGAAGGAUUGGAGUGGAGCAAAGGCGCGAGCGUAAGGUCUAUUUGACCGAGUUGUCCGGAGCGCACCGUAAAAGGAAAAAAUCAAAGUGUUGCUGAGGAUUUAAAAAAUGGUUUUGUUGUGAAAAAGGCUUGUUCGGUGGGUGAGUAAAGUGAAACUGAGUUUGACAGAACGGAAUUUGAUUGAAUCGCGUUGGGCACGGAGGUCAGAUGGGCCUGCCGUGGGAAAUAGCCUGGAAGGCCGCGAUUGGUGGAGCAUUUUGUCGCGAUGGGCACGGUGGGUCAGAUGGGCCUGCCGUGGAAAAUAGCCUGGAAGGCCGCGAUUGGAGGAACAUUUUGUCGCGUUGGGCACGGUGGGUCAGAUGAGCCCGCCGUGGUAAAUAGCCUGGAAGGCCGCGAUUGUUCCGAGGAAAAAUGAAUCGCGUUGGGCACGGAGGUCAGAUGGGCCUGCCGUGGUAAAUAGCCUGGAAGGCCGCGAUUGGUGGAGCAUUUUGUCGCGAUGGGCACGGUGGGUCAGAUGGGCCUGCCGUGGAAAAUAGCCUGGAAGGCCGCGAUUGGAGGAACACCCGUUGUAAAUAACCUGGAAGGCCGCGUUUGGUCCAAUGAAAACAUGGCACUAAUCCUGCGAUUGGCGUUACUGAAAUCGCUAGAGGUGUGUUAGGUCAGUUGGUCCAGCCGUAGUUUAGAAAAUGGUGGUUCAGACUGACUCUCUGUGGUUGAAUAGUUUUAAACAUGCAAAAGGCGAGAGGUGUAGCUGUAGGUUAUUGAGAUUGCUUUGGGAAGUGGUUAAAAUAUAGUCACGAAUGCUCUCGUAAUGAAUUUUGUGACAAAGCUGUGGACAGAUGACGAUGCUACGCAUAAUGAUUUGUUUAAGGUGAAUUUGAGUUAAUCAAAAAGAUGCAAGGAAUAUUGAAAAGUUAAUGAUUUUAGGGAUUUCUGUAUGUAAGUAAAUAAAGAAAGUAGAAAAUAAGACUUGAAUAAUUUGGUAGUGAACUGUGAGCAACUCCAAAACUUAAUUACAAUAAAGUAGGUUGUUAUGGGCCAGAAUGGUUUACAGAAACCAAGAUAGAAAAGAGAGAGAGAGAGAGAGAGAGAGAGAGAGAUAGAUAGAUAGAUGAAUAGAUAGAGAGAGACAGGUAGCUGGAUAAAUAGAUAGAUAGAUAGAUAGAGAGGGAGAUAGAUAGAUAGAUAGAUAAAAAGAGAGAGAUAGAGGUAGAGCUAGAGAGAGAGAGAGAGAGAGAGAGAGAGAGAGAGAAAGAGAGAGAGAGAGAGAGAGGGCUAGAGAGAGAGAGAAUCAUGAUCAGUUCGGUGCGUUAAGUGAUAUGCUUGUUAGAAAUUCUAACGUAACCUUCUUUUCUUUGAUCAAUGUUGGCGAUGGAUCCAAAAGUUACUGGGAAUUCGUUUUUUUUUUGGUUUUAUUGAAAACUUUUGCAGAUUGCAUAGGAAUGCCGUUAUGUAGUUGUAGUAUUUAUUUCAUAGUUCAAUUGUUUAAACAAUAUUGUUUUAUGGAGAAGAGGAGAGAUGUGUGGAGUGAUACACCCUAUUGCGGUGUAAGUGAGCGCACUCCAUUGGAUCGAGUCGAAUAGGCCCCUCGUACGAUACACAACCAUGCACUGACAAAGCAUGGACGCAGCCACAUGAAUGGUUCGGUGACAGCUGGCAAUGCAAGCCCAGCUCGCGUCCUCUUUCCUCGUGUGACGUUCGGCCGGAUCGGUUGUGAGUCCGCACCGAUUCCCCCGGCGGGCGAUUUCCCGAGUGGAAUUAUCGAUUCACACAAAGCAGAAACUGUUUUAUUUUUAGUUUGAAUUCAAAAACUUAUUGUUAUUUACUGUGUAUUGUUUUCUCCUGAAAUCUUCCCUAUUGUUGAGUCUGUUUAUCUGUUGCUAUUUAUUUUGUCGCGGUGUUUUGUUACAAUUUUUGGUCCUAAGCAUGUUAAAAAAGUUUACCAAAAAUACAAAAGUAAUAUUUGUGUUAAUCCUUUAACCAUUCCAUAAAUUGAGUAAGUGCUCAAACCUCACUUGUUUGAAAAAAAGGGUGAAGAUUGAAAACAAAAGACAGUAAAAGAGAAUAUAUUUUAUAAAAAUCAAGAAUCUAUAGUAAGAGAAUGAAAAGCGUAUUUUAAAGAAUAAAAAUGAGAAGCUGGAUGUAUUAGAUGUAAAAUUAGGCAAUAGGUAAUAAAUAGAGAUACAAAACAAGCUUAGAUUAUAGUAAUGAUAAUUUAUAGGACAGAUAAAGAAUUAUUCAAAUAAAUAAAUUCGCAAUAAAUCAAAAAAGAUUAGACAAAUGAUAAAUCGACUUGAUAUUACUAGUACAUUAAGGAAAAGUAUAUUUUUAAGGGAAAAACAAAGUUUUUUACAGCAGUAUCAAUUGGUAAAAAAGAGUGGAAAAGCUUUGAGAGAUAAGAGAAUCAAAAGUUAGUAAAAUCAAAAUCAAAUGAUUGAUAUUAAACAGAAGAAUCAGUGAAGAAGUGAGAAUUAGUAGAGCAAAAUAGAAAUAGGAGAUAGGUGGUAGCUGAGAGUGAAGAGAAGAGAAACCCCCGUUGUGCGAUGUUUCAGGUACAUCCACAGCAGUUGACUCAACAUACUGCGAAUCAAAACAAUACCGUCUACAAUCACAAAUUACAUCCCUUUCCCACAUUGUCGCGCCCCUUUCUUUCAGCCGUCUCGACUCUGACCCGCGGUGGUCAAAGGCACCAGCUUGGUCACACCUUGUCAUCAGGAUGACUAAACCAAGCCAACUUGGAGGUAAGAAAAUAGGACACUUGCAAGGAACCAGAGCCAUUCUAUAAAUAAAUAUCCUAGAAAUAACCAGUACUUUGUUCUAGGAAUAUGGAGGAAAUAAAGUUAUUCGCGGAAACAUAAUACGUAGCCUUAUGUGCGGGACGAAGUUGUCUUGCGUUUUUCUCAGCACGUGUUAAUGCAUAAGAGACAUGUAGAUUGUAGAGAAAUAUCUCAACAUUUUUUGGCGUUGAACAAAAAUGGACAAUAUUUUAAAAAUUUGAAAAAGUAAAAAAAUAAGCUGCACAAAAGAGAUCUCGAUAACGAAGCACGUCCUGAACCUCUAAUUCAUCAAAACUAGAAUCAUUAAAAUAAGUGCAAUAAGGAUUUUUUUUUACUUUCCUCAAGUCAGCAAUAGGGAAACUUUAGUUUUUAAUAAAGUACAGGCAAAACUUCAUUAAAAGCAGUUUUUACAUUUAUUGAUAACUCAAAAAGAAAUAUAUUUUUUCAUUUGGUAUUGUUUUGCUAAUCAAUUGAAUCAAAACACAUAAUUUAUAUUCAAAAUAUUUAAAUGCAAUUUGUUCACCGUCGUUUAAUAUAGUUGAUUAAUUAAAAUAAAUUUUACUUGAAUUUAAAAAAGGUAUUUUUUGCAUAUUCUUUUAAAGAAGUAUUGAUUAAUGUUCUUUUAAAAUCUUUUUGGAAUUUUGUGGGAUAAAGCAACUAUCUGCAUUUUGUUGAAUAUUCUAAUGAACAAUAUCUUCAAAAAAUUGUUGUAGAUAUGAUAUGGGUAAUUCUCUACCAACUCACACGAAAUUGGGAAAAGUUGCCCCGACCCCUCUUCGAUUUACGUGA